GGGUAGGGUAGGAGGACAGGCCACAAGUGAUGCCUGGUAUUUCUUCCACUGCCCACAUGCUUAAGGCUGCAUUUCUGUCCGUGGUCCAUCUGGUAGUCUCCUACAUUACAAACAGCUGCUCCUGCUCAUCAGCCUUAGGUCUGUGCCCUCAUCUACUCCGUCCGUCCUCAAAGUCUGCAUCACCAGUCCCUCUGCCCUGAUCUCUGCCAAGGAAUGAAAAAAGGAGAAAGAUAGGGAAAUAGUCAUUAUAGUUGACAAAAACGUUUAAGUUUUCUUUCAAGUUGAAAGAGUUCGUUUUAUUCUGAUCAAUUGACAGAUAGUGGAUUUGAUCCCUCAACACAUCAAGCCAACUGGUGAGAGACUCAAUUUUCUGCCCCAGUGGAGAGAGAUAAACAGCUUUCUGUCUGGACUCUAGACGAGAGACUCGACAUUGGGGGACAAACCCAGUCAUCUUUAGCCAGGACACUGAAAGAGACUAAGUUUGCUGCUUUACCUUGAGAGACACAACCUUCUGUGUCAAGACAAGACAAGACGAGCAGUUUUCUGUCUAAACAGAGACAGAAAAGCCUAGAAAGAGAGACCCAAGACCUCUGGAUUUCACCCUCUCAGGGACAGUUUUUUGCCUUAAUACUGAAACGGAGAUUACGACUGUUCUACUACAAUAUUCCUUACCCCUAAUAUUGAGAGUCCUUCACUUUUCUUUCCUGUCACCUGAACACUGAGAAAACCUUUCUGCAUUCUCAUUUUUAACAGAAAAGGCACCAGCCGGGUCUAAGCAGCUGCAUCUCAGACUCCAGACAAGCACCAAGCACUGUAAAGUGAGCAUCAUUGUUCUCCUUUCCGAGGUAAACAACAGAAGGAGGAGGGCGGAAGGGCAGAGGGAGCACCUUCUUCCUCCCUAAAGUACCCCCAGCUGCCAAGACCCCAGUCAGGCCGUUCCAGAGGUGUGGUGUGUGACGGGUGAUGGCCGACUGGAGUCUACUGGGAAACUUCUUGGAAGAGGUGCAGGAACACUCGACAUCUGUGGGCAAGGUGUGGCUCACCAUCCUCUUCAUCUUCCGUAUUCUCGUCUUGGGCACGGCCGCUGAGUCGUCGUGGGGCGACGAGCAGGAAGACUUCACCUGCGACACGGAGCAGCCUGGUUGCGAGAACGUUUGUUACGACACGGCCUUCCCCAUCGCCCACAUCCGCUACUGGGUGCUGCAGAUUGUCUUCGUGUCCACGCCUUCGCUCAUCUACAUGGGCCACGCCAUGCACACGGUGCGCAUGGAGGAGAAACGCCGGCGCAAGGAGCAGGAGGACCAGGGGGGAGGUGACGGGGAGGAAGGAGGGGAAGGAGGAGAGGAGAAGCAUUAUCUGGAGCACGGGGAAGACAAGGGGGGAGAGUGCGGGAAGGAGGGCAGCGGCAUAGGGAGGGUGCGUCUGCGCGGGGCGCUGCUGCAGACUUACGUGUUGAGCAUCCUGAUCCGGACGCUAAUGGAGGUGGUCUUCAUCGUGGUGCAGUACAUCCUCUAUGGGGUCUUCCUCAACGCCCUGUACGUGUGCCACAGUCGGCCUUGUCCCCACCCGGUUAACUGUUACGUCUCGCGGCCCACGGAGAAGAAUGUGUUCAUCGUGUUCAUGCUGGCCGUGUCGGGCGUGUCGCUGUUUCUCAGCGCCGUGGAGCUCUACCACCUGGCCUUUAAGCAGUGUCAGAGGUUUCUGAGGAGUAAACGACAACAGCAACAACAACAGCAACAUCAACUGCUACAAGGACGCACGCCCUCAAGUGCUACGGUCAUAGCCGCUGAACCGGACAGCCCACCCCGUCCGUCCAUGCCUUGCACCCCGCCCCCAGACUUCAGCCAGUGUGUGAGCUCUUCCCCUCACACACACCCCAUGCACACCCAAUCCCACCCCCAUCCUAGCUGCCCUCCCUUCAACAACCGGCUGGCCCACCAGCAGAACUCAGUCAACAUGGCCACUGAGCGCCACCGUGUUGUCCACGAUGACCUGGGGAAGGAAGACUUCCUGCACAUGACCUAUGAGGGGCACGCCGACACGCCCAACGCCUGCAUCCCGCCCCCUUCGCUGCUCCAAAACGGCUUCCAAAAUGACUACCUGAAAGACAAGAGGCGUCUGAGCAAGACCAGCGGCUCCAGUAGCCGUGUGCGACCCGAUGACUUGGCUGUGUAGCCCCAAUUCCCAACACACACACUGUUCCUGGAUCAUUUCAAACACACACUCACACACACAGAAGAAUGGGAUGACUAUGGCUUUGUCUGUUGUGGUGGACUAAUUUGAGCACUGCAUGGCACAAGUCAACAAAGUUACAAAGUAUCACAAGUCAUGAAACAGAAUACUCGAGCUAAUCAGAAGUCCUGAAAUAUGGAUGCUUGAGGAACAAUUGACAUACACAUUGGCACUUAGAUAUCAUUAGUAUGGGUCUCAGUCAUGGUUUUGAGACAUGGAUUCACGGGCACAACACAGCUGUAGAGGGGUUAGUGCCUUCAUAUUUAGCCCUCAGGACUAAUCCCCUAAUGCGACUCUGAGACAUGUGUCUGGAUGCGUCCUAAAUGGCACCCUAUUGCCUAUAUAGCGGCAGGUAGCCUUGUGGUUAGAGUGUUGGGCCAGUAACCGAAAGAUGGUAUCCCCGAGUUGAC